AUUUCAUUGGCUACUAGAUAAAAGGCGGAAACUUCGAACGAGCCAGAGGAACUAGAAAGACUCAAAGAUUGUUGAUGUCUUGUAUUGACAACUGCAAUCAUGACGUUUGAAUUCCUUAUCCCUGUCGCUCGAGACGACCUGCUGAACAAGACGAAUGUGUCUCAGUUUGUUGUUGAUGAGGUGUUGUCACCUAGAGAGUUACCAGGGGCUUUACAUGAACUGAAGACAAACUUACGGACUCAUGGAGCUCGUGUAAUUCUGGAAAAUUUUGAUGUUUUGUUCAGUGUUCUGUGUCUACAAAGAGAUCUUGCCCAUGAAUUGAAGGAAGAUGCUUGGGAACUUGUUGUGAAUAUUGCAAAAUCCUUGUCAAAUGACCUUGCAAAUAUUCUGGAAGAUGAACCCCCAGUUGCGGAGGAAAAACGGAACAACCUUAACAUGGUCAAGAUGGUGUGCUACCUUCUGUGUCAGUACAUGGAAAUGUUGGAUGCUGAUGACUCCAAACCAAGUGCAACACAGUUAGUUAAUGCAAAGGGCCGGGCUAAGACCAGCAAGAUGAAGAAAGCAAGCACAGGGAUGGAUUGGGACGAGGAGCGUGGAGUGGGACUUAAGGCCCUACUGCAUCUUGUAUCACUCAACCUGCACAGACUGUGGGACCCACCCAUUCCAGACGAAGAAUUUGUCAACUUGGUUACAAAUUGUUGUUACAAAUUGUUCGAAAAUCCUGGAAUGUCAUAUGCCUCUGCAAUGGAAACAAGACAGGUGAUGAAUCGCAUUCUGGCUGUCAUGGUGAAAAGCUACAACCACAGUUUGGGUUGCAGUCUAAAAUUGGUACAGCUGGUCCAGCACUUUGAACAUCUUGCGGUUCCCCUGGCCCAGACGCUACAGGUCAUUACUGAGGAGUUUGGAGUGAAAACUGUUCUGUGUGAAAUAACAAGGGAAAUAGGACGUCUGGCCCCAGAGGAUGCAGCGAAAGAUUCCUCAGGAACUCGUAACUGUUCCACCUUCCUGGUGGAGAUUGCUGACAGGAUCCCAGCUUAUGUUCUGCCCAAUAUGAGUCUGUUAUUGUGUCACCUGGACAGUGAGCCAUACAUCAUGAGGAACUGUGUGUUAGGUGUGAUCGGGGAGAUACUGAUGAAGGUUCUCAACAAGGACAGUUUGGACGACAAAACCAAGGCAACACGUGAUCAGUUCCUCGACAAUCUGGAGGAUCAUGUCCAUGACACUAAUGCCUACGUCAGGAGCAAAUGUCUGCAGAUCUGGAUAGCAAUCGUAAAUGAAAAGUGCCUUCCACUCAGUCGACAGGUCAGCCUGACCACUCUGGUUGUCGGCCGACUCCAGGACAAGUCCAGCUCGGUCCGCAAACAGGCCCUUCAGUUGAUCACCAACCUGUUCAAGUGUAACCCUUAUGCAGCCAAGUUUUCAGUUAAAGAACUGGAACAGAGUUAUGAAAGUGAAGCUGAGAAGUUGAAACAGAUGAUGAGAGAGGAGGUGGAGAAUGGUGGGCAAGGUAACCCAAUGAUGGAAAAGUUGGAGACUGAAUGGCAAACAAUGGAGAUCAAGAUAAAUGAGGCUCUGCUUGACGAAGGAGAAUCACAGGACACAGAGAAGGCAGAAUCUGGAGACGAGGAGGAGGAAGGAUCACAAAAACAAAUCAAAACUUCAGAUGCUGUAAUAACGGACGAGGACAAUCUGGACAGUGUAACAGCAAGAGUUAUGUCCCUUCUGAAGGAAGAAAAGUGGUGUGCUGCCCACAAACUGAUGACAGCUAUGGUGAUGACUUACCCAGAUUCUUCUAAGGAGGCUUCACAGGAGAGUGAAAGAACGGAUUCACAAGAAUCAAGUCAGGAAGAUGGUACCAAUAUUAUCCAGUGUCUUAAAAAGUUGUUCCUCAGGCAGAAGAGCAUUAACCUAGAAUUGUCUGAAGAUGCUAUCCAAAGUCAAAUGUCUGAGGACCAAUGUGGGGCAGUCAGCGACAUGUCCAAACAGCAGGUGCUUGUUUGGUACUUAAGGGACACACUUGCCUUUGGUGUGGAAACAGAAAAAGCCUUUCCCAUCAUCUGUCGCCUGUUGGGAUCGGAGAACGUAUCAGAUGUUCUAGGCGCUGUAGAUUUCUUUGUGACUGGGUUUAAGUUUGGUCUAUCCUCAGCCAUGCAGGGAGUACGACGCAUGUUGCCACUUAUCUGGUCGAAGGAAUCUGGUGUCAAGGAUGCUGUUGUUGAUGCCUACAAAAAGAUGUAUCUGUCUCCUGAAGGCAACAGUCAAAGAGCGUGUGCCCUAGCUAUAGUGAAGAACCUGACAGCACUGAGCUAUGGCGUCACCAUAGGAGAUCUUACCUCUCUCGAAGGCUUGAUGAUGGAGCUGAUGAAAACAGGAGACCUGAACAGCACUGUGAUGAAGAUUCUUUGGGAACGCUUCACACUCAAGAUCCCAGACACAUCAGCCGAGGACAGCCGAUCAGCAAUCUUACUUCUGUCCAUGGCAGCAGGAGCUGAUAACACAGUGGUACGAAGUAACAUCAACGUGAUGGUGAGUGAGGGACUAGGACCUCGGGCAGAGUCGGACUUCAUCCUGGCCAGGGACACCUGUCUGGCACUCCUCAAACUCUCUAACUCUAAGAGGAUGAAGGGCCAGGUGGCUAGUAAGCCGUUCCGUCUGCCCCAGGACCACGAAAUAUUCACUAGGCUGUCACACAUCCUUGUUAAAGGUGUGGAUGACACAGAGAACCGAUACUGGAUCCCCCUGGCGGAACAAGCUGUUAAAGUCAUAUACAAACUCUCAAAUCAUCCGGAUACUGUGUGUGGAGAAAUUAUCCGCAAGGUUAUCAAUGAAUUUCAGAGAAUUAAUGAGGCAGAUAAGCCUAGCGACACACCUGUAGACACCGCUAGCGACACACCUACUGAUACCCCGACAGAAGAUGACCCAUCAGCAUCUGUCAGUCAGAAGUCUGUAGUGGUGCUCACUCGUGUCCUGUCACUGGCCGGACAGGUGGCCUUUAGUCAGAUGGUUUACCUGGAGAGUGAUGUCCUGGACGAACUAAAAAGGCGCCGUGCUGGAAAGGAGGAUUCAGGCGUAACUCCAGCUCGAAAAAACAAAAAUAAAGCCCGAGAGAGUAGCACUUCUGAGGGCAUCGAGGAGGAGUUGGGUUUAGCUGGUGCGGCUGCUGAAGAUGCGGAGGCAGAGUACAUUCGUAAAGUCUGUGAGAGAGACAUUGUCACAGGUAAAACUUUACUCGGUGCCCUGGCUCCUGUGAUUGUAGCUGUGUGUACUAACCAGGCUAAGUACACGGACCCAGAACUACAGUCUGCCGCAUCACUGGCCCUGUCCAAGUUCAUGAUGGUCAGUUCUGAGUUCUGUGACACCAACCUACAGCUGUUGUUUACUAUCCUGGAGAAGACCUCUCAUGCUACCAUUAGGGCGAACAUCAUCAUCGCCCUCGGAGAUCUCACCUUCCGCUUCCCCAACAUGAUAGAACCAUGGACUCCACGUAUAUAUGCCAGAUUGAGGGACGAGUCAACGUUGGUGAGACAGAACACACUCCAGGUCCUCACACAUUUGAUACUGGAUGACAUGGUUAAGGUCAAAGGUCAGAUCAGUGAGAUGGCCACAUGCUUGGUGGACCACAAUGAAAAAAUCUCCAGUUCGGCCAAAAUAUUCUUCACCGAGUUGUCUAAAAAGGGAAAUGCUAUCUACAACAUCAUGCCUGAUCUUAUCAGUCGCCUGUCUGAUCCCGACGUGGGCGUAGACGAGGACCACUUCAGGACAAUACUCAGAUACCUGUUCGCCUUUAUACAGAAGGAUCGACAGUGUGAGAGUCUGGUGGAGAAACUCUGUCAACGCUUCCGGGCCGCCAGGAAUGAGAGGCAGUGGAGAGACCUGUCAUUUUGUCUGUCCAUGCUGUCCUACAAUGAAAAGAGUCUACGUAAACUCCAGGAAAACUUCAUGUGUUUUGCUGACAAGUUGGCUGAUGAUGAUGUCUACUCGUGCUUCGUCUCCAUCAUUUCUAAAACUCAGUCAAUCUCAAAACUGGGACCAAAGGCAACUGCUGUCGCUCCUCUACUGACGGAGUUGGAGGAACGCCUGGAACGUUGUCACAAUAAGGGGAUGGAGGAUGAUGAAAUCGCACAGAAAGCAAGCCAAGCCAGUCAGAAAGGCAAGACACCACACAAAACUCCAGCUCGGAAAGGCAAGGCUGGGCGACGCGCUAAAAAGGUGAUCUCGGACAGUGAAGACGAUGAAGAUGAGAAUAAGACGCCUAUUGUAAGACGACAGACACAGAGGAAAGCUAAGCCUAAAGUAUCUUUUGACUCGGACGAAGAGAGCGAUUUGGAACUGUUUGAUCUUGAUAAAUCUUGUACAGAAGACAGUCAAGAAUCUGCCAGCCAGAAAACUCUAGAAUCGUCAGAUGAAGAUCUUGUGCCUGUCAAAAAACAAUCAACCCGGGGUGGAAAGAAAAAAUCAAGGCCUCUUCUGAUAGUCAACUCUCCAAGAUGAAGCCAUAUUUUUGACUCUAUAUCCAGAUUGCUGAUGAAAUAUUUUUAAGAUAUUAAAGAACAUUUCUGUGAAUGACAAAAUAUAUUCAGGAAUUAGAAUCAACAGGAUAUUUCAACCUCAGAAUCCUCAAGAUGACCCUGGCAUCAGAUUUUCACACUAUGUCAUCAAUAGGAAAGCUAUACUGUUUUCCAUCUUCUCCUAUUUUCUACCUGCUUACUUUUCCUUCCUUGACUCUCUUGACUCAUUUCUUCCCUAUAGGGGGCCGCUGUGGCCGAGUGGUUAAGGUGUCCCGACACUUUAACACUACCCUCCACCUCUGGGUUGCAAGUUCGAAACCUACGUGGGGCAGUUGCCAGGUGCUGACCGUAGGCCGGUGGUUUUUCUCCGGGUACUCCGGCUUUCCUCCACCUCCAAAACCUGGCACGUCCUUCAAUGACCCUGGCUGUUAAUAGGACGUUAAACAAAAACAAACCAAAUCUUCCCUAUAGUACACAGAUGCCUGGUGUAGACAUUUCAUGGUUUCUAUAUAACUAACAUCACAUGUACUUGUCAACUUCAUCACACAUGUUUUAGGUUCAGGAUCAAAUGACAUUAAGAACAAUGGGUAGAUUUGCCAGAGUAGAAAAAUUUGUUCAUCUAUGUAAACUUUCCUCUAGUCUUUUACUGAUUCUCUACACUAUCCGAACAUAUUUUCUCUUUGUGUUUGAGAAUUUCAUAUUCUGUAUUUAUAACUCGAAGUUAGAUGCACAAAUCUCUAGAUUUCAGAAGUGUAAUCAAAUAAGCAUAACCUAUAUACACAAUAGUUAUAUUUACCCACUUGAAAAGGUUUUCUUUACUGUUUGUAUUAUAAGACUUCAGCACUCCAAACCAAAUAUCAAAAUAUCCUAAGUCAAAACACUUCUAUAUGACUACUCACAAAAUAUUAUCUUGUUUCAUUAUAAAAUGGUAUUAGAAAUUAUCAGAAAUGAGAUGUAGUAUGCCAUGUAACCAGAUACCUAUUGAGUGUGAGCUGAGGAUUUCCUUCCGUUUGUAUUACCUGUUUCACCACUACUUACAAACAAUACCACCAUUAAACCAAUGUUAUAGAGAAGCACUAACUCACUACACUCUAUGAAUAGGAGACUGUUAAACCUUUGAAUAUUUGUUUAAGAAUUUUAGAAUUACACAUAAUGUAUCUUAUCAUCAAUUGGAUUAACAUUAAAAUCAUGACAACCUCAUA